AGUUUCUCAUGCAUAUUCAUAUGUUUCUUGCCAUGAAGUCAUCAUUUCCUCUCGAGAGCAAUGGCCAAUGAUGAUAUCAAAUAUGAAGAGGGAUAUAUUUCAAAUGCACGAGGGGUGGAACUCUUUACAUGUCAAUGGAUCCCUUCACACCAUGAACCAAAAGCUCUAAUCUUCCUAUGCCAUGGAUAUGCCAUGGAAUGCAGCAUUUCAAUGAGAGGCACGGGCACACGAUUGGCGAAGGCUGGAUUUGCGGUGCAUGGAGUGGACUAUGAGGGCCAUGGAAAGUCAUCAGGACUUCAAGGCUAUAUUAGCAAUUUAAAUGAUGUUGUGGAUGAUUGCUCUGUAUACUUUGCAAGUGUUUGCGAGAAAGAGGAGAACAAGAGAAAACAGAAGUUCUUGCUUGGAGAGUCCAUGGGAGGCGCUAUUGUGUUGAUGCUUCACAGGAAAGAACCUACCUUUUGGGAUGGGGCAAUUUUAGUUGCCCCCAUGUGCAAGAUUGUAGAAGAUAUGAAGCCCCGUCCGAUUGUGAUCACAAUUUUAAGCAAGCUAAGCAAUGUGAUCCCUACAUGGAAAAUCAUUCCUAGUGAAGAUAUCAUUGAUAGAGCAAUUAAAAGCGAGGAAUGGCGUGAAGAGGUCAGGAAUAAUCCUUAUUGCUAUAAAGGAAGGCCUAGGCUAAAGACUGGUUAUGAAAUUUUUAUGGCAAGCUUGGAUAUCGAAAGCAAUCUUGACAAGGUAACCUUACCAUUCAUUAUAGUCCACGGGGGUGCCGAUGCUGUGACAGACCCAUCAGUAAGUGAGGCACUAUAUACAUCGUCUGAGAGCAAAGACAAGACAUUGAAGCUAUACCCAGGGAUGUGCCAUGCUUUAACGUCCGGGGAACCUGAGAGCAACAUUCACAUUGUGUUUUCCGACAUCAUUCAAUGGCUUGAUGAGAGGACCUCGGUUUCAUAAUGCAACAUGAUUGGCAUAAGAGAGUUUGUGGGCUAAAAUGCACCCAUGUCCUCUCAUGUCAAAAACAAGUUAUGAGGUGGUACAAGGUAUAACUACCUUCACUAGCUACACAGUGUUAGGAUCUAGAAUAUUUUUUUUUUCCAAUUUUGUAGAAUGUGUACAGUGUACUUUAGUUGUGGAAAUUAAUAGUUAUUUGCAACUACAUCUUAAGGGCAAAGC